AUGACAACUAAUCAUCGACGAAGAACCAAGCCCAGCGACCUCCGCAGUCUUUUGGGUGUGGACUUGAAGGUCCACAUCUUCUCCCAUACCCUCAACAUUGUGGGGCACUGCAGUCCGUUCCAGCCUUUAUACACCCUCAACAUUGAACUUGGAACUCCCGAAGCCUGUGGUGGGACCCAGCAGAACACUGACGACGUUGCAGAUCCCAAGGAAGAGGAUCACACAUCGCCAAUGCUGGACAUCCGACUAACCAAAACGGGGGAGUCUUCCAUUUUCAAUGCCACCCAAGGACGAGGAUACAAAAGUCGAUCACAUGAUUGA